GAAGGGUCGGGGAGGCGUGUCCUCGGGGGGAAGCCGGGCCUCUAGGCCGCGAGGUGGGUCUGAGGGAAAGGAGCGAGUCGCCUGAGGGGGUUCCAUGGCGGUGAGGCUGCUCCAGAAUGGAAGGUGGAGAAAGCAGCGCGGACCUUGUAAUUAACAAAAGAUUUGUCUCAGAAGCUGAGUUAGAAGAACGACGCAAGCGAAGACAGGAGGAAUGGGAGAAGGUUCGGAAACCUGAAGACCCCAAAGAAUGUCCUGAAGAAGUGUAUGAUCCCCGAUCUCUCUAUGAAAGGCUUCAGGAACAGAAGGACAAGAAGCAGCAGGAGUUUGAAGAACAGUUCAAAUUCAAAAAUAUGGUCAGGGGCCUGGAUGAAGAUGAGUCCAAGUUCCUCGAUGAAGUUUCUCGGCAGCAAGUCCUGAUAGAAAAGCAGCGUCACGAAGAAGACCUCAAGGAAUUGAAUGAGUACCGGAACACUUUGUCAAAAGUCGGAGCGAGCGCCGACUUGAAGAAGGAAGCGGACAAGAAACUCUCGGUAAAAUCAGAAAACAAGAGCAAAUUCUCUCAGGCCAAGCUGUUGGCAGGAGCUGUGAAACACAGAAGUUCAGAAGGUGCCAACAGUGUAAAAAGAUUGAAACUGGACCCGGAUCCUGACCACGAUAAGGUUGCAGAAAAACCAUCUUGCGUUUCCCUGGGCAGCAGUGCCAUGAGCGGCUCUGCCCUCCACUGCCCCUCGGCCGCCGUCUGCAUCGGCAUCCUGCCCGGCCUUGGGGCUUACUCAGGAAGCAGCGACUCCGAAUCCAGCUCGGACAGCGAGGGCACCAUCAAUUCGACGGGCAAAAUUGUCUCCUCCGUGUUCCGUGGCAGCAAUUUUUUCGAUGCGCCACUCUAGGCUGCUUCUUGGAGUCUCGCUCAGAACUCAUGUCCUCUUUCAUCCCAGGCGUUCCCUCAAGUUCACCCCCUUUUUUUUCCCGUUUCCUUUUUUUGGGGGGUGGGAUAACGCCAAAAUAAUGUACUGCAGUAGUUUUUCAUGGUAUUUUGGCCUCCUCUUUCCCCCUGUCUCCUCCCCCACCCCCAAAAGCCUUUCCCCAAGACUCUGCUUCGUUUGAGGGGAGUCUAGCCAGGAAGGAGAAAGUUCAGGGGUACCCAUUGAGAAUGAAACCCUGGAUCCCCUUGAAGGGCAAGGAUGAGAAGAGCCUUCAGGCUGAAAGGCGGUGGGGUGAUUGCACAUCAUUUUUGGAAUAUUCUCAGAAGAGAUCAGCGGCAGCCUCACUGCAAGGCAAAACGGUCCUUCCUCUAGCUCUUAAAGAGUCAUUGUGUGAUGUAAUUAAAGUGGGGGAAGAGGCCACACAAUCACACAGGCAGCAAGAAGUGAAUUUUGACAGGUGUCACCCAGUUUUCAUGUUGUAGUUGAUUAAAAAUUAUCCCGAAGCAUUUAAAAAAAAGGGGGGGAAAGGUCUUGGAUUUUGCCGUUCACGUUUCUCCACUUAGUCCUUCUGCCGUGUUUUGCUAUCAUCCCUUGAUCUCCUUGGUAGCCAAAAUUCCUCUUUUAACUGCGGAGUUUUAAAGUUGACGGUCAGUUCCAGAAAAUCUUGAGCUUCCAUUUAAGGCUAUCGUGAUUUUUUUUUUUUUCCUCCCCACAAGGCGACUAAGGAGCUUUUGAAGGAGUGGCUGGGUUUAGUGUGGAAGCAUUACUGCAAAAAGUAAUAUCCCUGGUAGUUACUUCACAAUGCCUAAAACGCCAGAGUAAUUUCCUAAUGGCUGGGAAUCUUGGAGGAGGCCAGUCAGCAACCGAAAUUCUCUGGAGCAGAGGUCUCCAACUUUGGCAACCGUCUGGGGAAUUCUGGGAGUUGAAGUCCUCCAGGUUUAAAGUGGCCACAGUUGGAGACCCCUGCUCUGGGCGACCUACAGUGCAUGUAGUUCCACUUUAAUGCUUUGAUUGAUGUACAAAUGAAACUUUCCUGUUCACCCAGUUGAUACUGUGAUCUCUGUUUUAUUGAAGAAAAGCUAUUAAACCCCUGGCUAUUGGACAGCCUCCCUUGAGUAA